UCUUAUACUGACAGUGCUAAGUGCUAUGUGAAUCCGUGUCCGUCUGCAUCUUUUCCACCUUUUCGACUAUCUUCUAAGAAACAUCUUCAUCUUAAAGUGUUUACGGUGAAUCUUAAGUGGCUUAUUUGCAAACACAGUUUCACUAACUAUCGGACUUUCAAUUAUCGCGAUCUUUUGAAUUUCAAUUCAAUAUUAGCCACUGCCGGGUGUUCAGAUAUCUUCGCUUCCAUAUCUAACUCCAUAUGUCCAUAUCGAGAUAUAAUUAUUUGGAAAUGUAGGCCAGACCAGGUGAAUCAAAUAUUUUUUUUUUGCGAUUUUUUCAAAAUUGUAAUUAAACCGUUAACUGGUGUAGAAAAAAAUCGCCUAUUAUGUGGAAGCAUUAUUCGCUGUGUUCGGAUUGUGUGUGUGAAUCGUAUUCCUGCUGCCGAAAUCGGUAUUGAUUGUGGAGUGAUUAACGCUAAACAGUUGCCGUUCUUUAUAAUAAAGCAGAGAUAAUCGUAUCGAAUCGGAAAGAUUCAGCAUCAAUUCUGUAAUAAAGAUGCUGCACCAUUUCGGGAUUUAAAUGCAACUUCUUUUGGAAUGUGUGGCAGCAGGGGAAUGUACGAAUAGUUUGGCACAAGAACUUAAGGAAUCCAUACCGAAAUCCACGAAGCAUCCGAGGAAGUUCUGUAAGCGUCCCGUCCCAUCUGUAGCAUGGCCAGGUCCAUUGAGAUGUCAUCAAAUUACGAAACAAUAACAUGGAAUUGAUUGCUACAACCUUGAGCAACCAAUUAUGUAGAUUACGAUGCACUUGCUGCAUGCUCACACUUCCUCUUCGAAAAAGCCUACUUCAUUCUUCAUCUGCAUCUACUUUUUUUGGAUACUGGUAUCUUCCGUGAAAAAUUCCUUGGGCACUGCUACUGCGAAAAUCCCUGACAAACGCCGACUUGGCCUACUCAGCCAACACAAUGCCGGCCCUCAUCUCUGCUCCUUCUGCUGCUGGACCAACGCAAUUAAUUUUCUUAUGGGUAAUCUUCACUAUCACCUGGCCAAAUUGGGUAAGAGUUGUAUCUGCGUCGCCGGACCCAACGCCACAUUUACUCGCCGAUGGAACACUGGAAAGCUUAGAGACAAUGCAAAUUGUUAAUCUUACAAGGCAACAUGAAGGAGAUAUAUUCACAGCUAACGAAUUAUUGCCGGCAUGUACCAUGGACACUUGCGUGGGCCUAUCCAGCGGAACAGCAGGACUAUUUGUACCCUCACGCGAAAUAGAGAUACUUCCCGGACACGAGUUCACCAACAGCAACAGUGGCAGCAAUGGCAAAAUGGAAAAAUGCCAGUGUCGAUGUCUUCAGCAUUUGAACACCUACCGCGAGGACCUCGGGAUUUGUGUUGAUGAUAUACACGAGUGUACAUUGUCUCCGUUUGUAAGUGGCUCAUCUUCCGAGAAGAUUCCAUUUGUUUUCUUACCAUUGAGGGGUCAGAUCAUUCACCCUAGCAGAGAGAUUAAUUUUCCAGGUGUAAGGACGCCGGUUUGUGCCGUCACAAGUGCACAAUAUCUCACCCAAAAAGGAUGGUCAGACCUAAGAAACCCUCUGGAUACUGAUGUGCCUUUUAGAUUAUUUCGGGAUGAGGGUCGAACUUUCUUACAGUGGUUGGGCGAAUCCGAUCUUCGACACAAGAUGCAAGGAAGACUCAUCUUGGUACAUAUGAUGUGCCGAGAUAUGGCAGCUCCUCAUGCCGCUCACACUGGACCAGGUCACUUAGGACUAACUCCAAAAAACCUGUUCACACCUUGCGUUGCAUUCCGAGUAAACGGAAGUCCUGUAAGGUAUCUUAAUAACGUUCCUGAAGUACUUUUCCAAUCUGAAAACUCCAACCUAUCCGCACCACCUGAAGGUUUCCACACCAAAGAAUACAUUGUUAUUGGAAUAUGCAGCCUUAUCCUUGGGCUCAUCUACAUAGCAUCAGUAUUUCUGUACCUCCACGUUAAAAAGCGGAAAACACAAUUGGCCGAAGCGAAUAACGCCAAGCAUGGACCAGAUUCCAAGAAUCCAAAAAAUGAUCAAAUCACGUAUGGAGUACCCUUUUCAAGGACAGAAAGUUUCUACAGUGGAAUAACGGAAGCUCGAAACAGUCAACGUUCAAACAGGAGUCAAAUUCUUGGAGGAGGGAAUGGCAUGGGCAACGACGAAAUGGGUAUUGUGAAAAACAAUCCUCUCCUACGACAUUUCACAAGUUUGAGUGAUAAUUCAGGAUUCGUAAGUGAUCGAUCGAAUUCAAACUCCGAAUGUGAUGAUGGUAAAAAAAGCGACAGGACUAAAAAUGUAAGAUGUUUUCAGAUAUAUGGGAAGUUAUGCUGGAAUUUUUUUUUAUUCAAGUUGCAGACCUCAGCAAUUGUCCAUCCUUCUGGCGAUAAUAAAAGCAACGGCAAAGACAAAAGCAACUCCCCAGAUUUAUCGUCUGGAAACCAAGAAAAUGAAUGCCUUCCAGAAGCCAAUGUAUCGAUAACCGAAGAGGCGAGUCAAGACGAUAAGCUCGAUACUAUGAAAGCAAUCGUUAAUGGUACUGUCAGGAAAAAGUUAUAUUUUAACCCAGCCUAUUUUGAGCCACAUUUAUUGAUGUCUCCGCCGCCAGCAGCCAUCGAAUUUUUAACAAAAAUUCGUGAAGUCAUAGCCAUUGCAAAAUACAAAAUGGCCAGCAAGCGAUACCAACCAUCAUUAAACAUAAUUCCAGAGGAGCACCAAGGAAGCAAUUCAGAUCUUUGUGCGAAACCUAUGUCUCCUCAAACGGGAACCAUGUCAGUUAAGACUGAAAAUUCUGGUCGUCUUGUAUGCUCUGGAUGUCCAGGCUGUAGUGUCAACCCUGAAACACCAACAAAAUGCGACAACUGUGGCGACAAACACGAAAGCAUACAGAAAUGGCUGGAAGGAGUUCCUUUCAACGAAAGCAGCAACGAUCUCACAACUGGAGGAUGUAACUCUAGCGAUAAAAGGAUUGAUAAAAUUGAGGAAGUUAGUGAGAAGGAAACAAUUGACUCUCCGCAACCUAAAAAGAAGGUGCCACCUCCGCUACCGCUCACUGCUCCGAAAAUUAUUUCCCACUCACUCAAACCACAUGUUCAGAAAAGUCCUGCUGUUACUACGGAAGGACCUAUUUAUGUAAAAAGUUCUAGUGUUCGAGGAAGUCAAUCGGGAUCACCGGUUUCACCAUCAAAACGCGAUGAUGAUCCUUAUAGUUUCAGAAAGACUGGUGGCAGUGAGAUUUACAACAAUCCUAAGUUCUUGGAAUCACCUCAACUCUCGGUCCGAAGCAGAACGUCUUCAUCAAAACGAUCAAGAUCAUCAAAGAAAAAAGUCGAAGUCCUGGAUCAAUACUCAAAUCCAGGAAAGGAUAGACAUUAUGAAAUGCUGAAAAGCAUACAAAAUAUGCCUGAUAUGGUCUACGAAGCACUGGCUAAAGAUUAUUCCAUAAGGAAUUUUCCUGCUUCGGAAAAAACUACAGCACAGCAAUAUAACAUCCCUACGCCUGAUUACGAUGGUACUUUCAGUAAGAAAAUGAAGGACAUUUAUAAUAAUAGUACCGGAAGUGGUCCGUUUGUUCCAACACCGGAUUACAGCACUAUGAGCAGACGGUCGCUUCGUCAAUAUCAGCCAGAUUCUCCCAUCUACAGAAGAAGAUCGCCUCAAUACUUGAUUGUUGACUAUGAAACUGACAGUCUUGAAAGGGGGUCGUCUUUGAAAAAAGGAUGUAAUUCCUCAUCGCCUCAUUCAAACAACAGUUCGGAUAUCAGCUCGCAACCUAGUCCAAGCUUGAGCACAGCGUUGCCGUUAGAGGAGGAAGUUGAAGUCCAUCACACUGUCUAUGAUAAAGUAGAAGGAUUUCGAAAGGAUGGUGAUACGAAGAAGAUGAUCGCUAGUGAAUACGAGCAAUAUUCUCGACAAAGAAAGGAUUCAGUACCAAAGAUCAAAUACGAUACACCAUUUCGAGGCAGUAUGACUAUUGAGGUAGCCCAUGACCCGCAUAGUGAUGAAGUGUCCACAGAUAGUGAUCAAUUUGAACCGGACACCCUCGAUCGAAAGCCGAAGAAACAACAUUCAGGAAGCUUCCGAAGCCUCAAUGCCUGGACUGAAUAUCUAAGUAAGUCACAGAGCUUCGUCAACAGCAACGAUAAAGUAAGUUACUCUUCCCUGGAAAACAUGACGUCCUUGCCUGAUUUUACUACUAAAUCAUCCAGCAAUGAGCAGCUUGUUUUACGAUCAAGUAGCUCCUUCCGAAGUAGCUCCGGCCAACUUUGGGAUUCAGUGAAAACCGGAAAAACAGAUGAUCAUCACCUUACAAAGCAAAACUUUGGUAGUCUCCGUGAAAUCUACCAAUCUAAAGUCCAGCUGCAAUCAAAUAGACCGCAGUCGCUCAAAAUGGACUUUAACGAACCAGGGCGUCUGUUGACCUUGGACGCCAAGCAUACCAAGCGUCAACGAAAAAUAGUUAGUGAUCGGCUUAAGAAGCUCAUACCUCCCGAUGUAAUCCCUGCGGAUAAUAAUAAUUUUUACGAUAUUCCUCGUAGUCCUAAAAAGGUGGACACUUUAAUGCGAAAAAACUUGGAGGGUUGGAACACGAGUGAUUCCAGUGGAGACAUGAAUUCAAAAAGAACCAACCGUGAAGAUACUCCUUCCCCUGAACAAACAGACACCAUUAGCGAUCAUAGUGAAUCGACUGAAAUCACUGGGGUUUCAGAUACCCAAAUAAAUUCGGAUAAGAUGAAUACAUCGAGGAAACCGAAGGUCUCUUCUUCACAAUACUCUGGAGGCGAUAGGAUCCUUCAGAUCGACUACAGUGCCAUGUACAAUCAGCAAAAGCCGGAAAAACAACCGAGCUUAAGCAGUAGCAAUUCUUUUAUAUCUGUUAAGAUUGGAAAUGACAAGUCAUACCAAACUUAUCACUUCAAUAGUAUCAACAGCAAUAUUUAUUCAGUGCCGGACACAAUUGUUGAGAAUAAUCAAGUCAUGGCGAAUGAAGACCAUCGGGACUCCAGCAGUCGCAGCACUGAAUCUCCGAUAAUCGAUCGUGAUUCCUCUCUGAAUAUACAAAGCGUGUAUAGAGUUGAGGUUCCGCAUCCCUCUAACGGAAUGCAAAUCGCAAUGGGACUGCGCGAUCGAGCGAAAAAAUCCAAAGAUUUGAAAAAUGCCUGGAAGAAAUUCGUUAGCAUGGCUACCGGGGGAAAGUUCAAUGGUCCCGAUUCGUUGGGUAAAGACGGACCAAAAGACUGCGAAGAUCCAUACGAUCAUAAGUCAGUUUUCUCUGAGUAUAUAGAUCGCGAUCGUGAUGAAGGAAUUUCAUCUUUGGUUCAUGAAAAUACUAAUACCAGUACAAUAGGGAUUAAGCGAUCUAGAACCUCAGGAGGAAGCCUGGAUAAUCUACGCAAAACGUCUUACCAAAGUAAAUUUGGAAUUACACGAUCACAUUCAACCGCGCAGGAUUCAUAUAGAAUAUUUAUGAGACAGGGUAGCAGUGGAGGGCACUAUAGGCAGGAAAUGGAUAGCGGCUAUAUAAGCGGUGAUGAAUGUAGACCAUAUACGGAGCAUAUCUAUGAAAGGCAUAGUUUAGGAGUCUUACCAUCGGAUAGUAGCUCUGAUGGUAUAAACAUUAUUAACACUAAUCCAGAAACAACGAGUGAUAUGCAGGGUCGACAGCUUUUGGCACGUCGACGACCUCAGACCCCGAAAACCAAGAAACACUGUAGUAUGCGACAACAAGUGCCUACAACUGUUGUUAAAAGUAACGAUAAUAACAUACAAGUUGAUCUGAAGAGUCCAAUCGAGGUUAGCGUUUAUUCGAGUGAUGAUGAACCUUAUAUGAGUCCUACCUCGUUUAGUGAUUCAGACGAUGGAGGGAAUACUGAAGAUAUGUGCGAAUCAGGAGCGGAGAGCAUCGAAACGCAUUCAGUUUUAUUUAAAAAUAUUCGAUAUAAUCAGAGACCGAAUGAGUCCCAUUGAAAUUAAGCGAAAGUUGAGGCAGAAAUUAUUUAGUUAGUUUGAUACAGCGCAUCAAUUGAAAUAUUGCUGAUAUCUCUUGGUUUCGUUCGAUGGCGUUAAUACUGCUUGGGUGCUAACUCAUUACAUCAUCAUCAUCAACGGUGCAACAACCGGUAUGCGGUCUAGGUCUACCUUAAUAAGGAAUUCCAGACAUCCCGGUUUUGCGCCGAGGUCCA